CCCCGCUAAUCAAUGCAUCUAGGAGCUUUUCAGUGACGAAAGCUUCAACUUCUUACUAACCCAAAGUACUUCCUAGCAAAGCUCCCACCUCGAUGGCUUCGUUCUAGACAUACAUACAGACUCUACAAUCCCCGCUGCUGAUGUCAAAGCUGAUGUUCGAGCCUUUUGGCUCAUAUUAUUCCUCUAAUUAAUUAUAAAAAUUUACUUUGCGCACCUCAUAUCAAAAUGCGCGCCACAACGGCUUGUCUGAGCAAGGGUUUCCUCAGCCGCAGUCUCGACGAAUUCAAGCGCCUCUCAAAUAUAGCUCUCAAGCUCGAAGGCAUAAAAGGACCCUCGGGUCCGCUUCCCCUCCAUGACUUCCACAAGCCCGAUUCCCUCGAGGAGUGCAAGCUGAUGUCCGACGUCGACAUCGGCGGUUUCUCUAAGGCCGCGCUAGAUUGGGUACCCCCUUCUCCCGAGGACAACGCCCACGGCUACGCGCGCUUCCACGGCAGCAUAUCGACUGCCCUUCCCCCCCACAGACCCGAAGUCCAGCGAUCCGGCUACGCCGCGUGGCGCACCCUCGACAGGCCCCCGACUAUCUUCGGUCGCGCGCUCUGGAACAUUGACAUGUACACGUAUCUGGGCAUGCGCAUCAAGUCCGACGGGCGGAGCUACUUCGUCAACGUGCAGACGGAAUCACUUGUCCCUACAGACUUGCACCAGCACCGGUUAUUUGCCAAGCGGCCUGGGGAGUGGGAGACGGUUCUAAUCAAGUGGAACGACUUUGUGCGGACGAACCACGGGUUCGUAGUUGAGCCGCAGACGGAGAUUCUACGGCAGAAAGUCAAGUCGAUAGGGGUUGGCUUGACGGACCGAGUACCGGGACCGUUUGAGCUAUGCAUCGAGAGGAUGUGGGCUACCAACGAUAUGAGCGAGGGAGACGAGCACGUAGAGCCGUCCAUUAACAGAGAAGGACAACUUAAGGAUAAGCAGGGGCGGCAUAUUAGCUGGGUCGAUAAAUGAUCUGGGAAUGCGUUGGAUAUCUGGAACGUCGGAUGAGAAUGGCUAUAUGUUAGCUAUGCGUUGCAAAUAGCAGCAUAUUCAUCUACAGUACUGGACACGACGGUACUAUCGCCGUUAUGUAUAAAGUUAAAACUAACGAAUGCGAAUAUCGUUGAAUAUAGAAGGAUCACGUUCGAAGACGUAUGUCUUGCAACUGGCACCAAAAGGGGGGCGAAGAGAGGGGGUUAGCCCAGCCGUACGCACAUGUACGAACCUAAUAAAAAGAACCUUCUUACCA